AUUCAGUUGCAAAUCAAGCUUACAACAUGGCAUUCAAAUUCAUCGUAUUCGCUGCCUUCGUAGCUAUUGCACAGGCUAGUGUGAGUCAUGUAGCACCAGCUCUUGCUCUUGGUAGCCAUAGCUCCGUCUCCAGUUACUCCACUGUUCAGCAACACAACCCAGCCAUCAAUGCCUAUGCUGCCCCAGCUGUCCACGCUUAUGCUGCUCCAGCUGUCCACGCAUACGCUUCCCCAGCUGUCCACGCAUAUGCUGCUCCAGCUGUCCACGCCUAUGCUGCCCCAGCUGUCCACGCCUACGCUGCUCCAAUCGCUAAGGCCAUCAUUGCCGAACCAUCAGCCCCAGCCAACUACGAUUUCGGGUACGGAGUAAAUGACCCCCACACCGGAGACAGCAAAAGCCAACACGAAUCCCGUCGUGGUGAUGUUGUCCAAGGCAGCUACUCCCUCAUCGAAUCUGAUGGCACCAAGCGUACUGUAGACUACUCUGCUGAUGCUCACAACGGUUUCAACGCUGUUGUCCACAAAGAACCUGCCGCGGUUGCCAUCAAAGCCGUAGCUCCAGUUGUUGCCAAGGUAGCUGCUCCUAUUGCCUACGCUGCUCCAGUUGCUCACGCCUAUGCUGCCCCAUCCCUUGUUCAUGGAGCUGUUGCUCAUGGUUAUGCCGCCCCACUUGUUGCUCACGGUAUUGCUGCUCCAGCUCUUGCUCAUGGAUACGCUGCUCAUGGACCAGUAGUUGCACAUAAUGUUUGGUGAUUCAGAAUGUGAUCUGUUUUGUGGAGUUUGUAAAUAAUGUAUUUAUACGAUAUGAGAAUACAUAAGAAAUAUAUGAAAAGAACUGAUUUUUGAA